AAGACAGUUAUAUCAUAUUUUUUUUUAAAAAAAAAAUUGAAUAAUUAUGAAUAAAUUAAUCCUUUUGACCUUAUUCCUUAUUACUGUUUCAGCCGCUAUGCCAGCUGAUGAUAAAUUAGCUGACUUAUUUUACAAACGAACGAAUUGUAAAUGCGAAACCGCAUUCUCAAGUUUUGAUUCAAGUUCUUCUUCUGGCCCAUUCAGGGGUUUCGUGGCUUUUGGUCAAGAUGAAUCUGGUAGUACUACAAUCUUUGGCGCUUUCAAUCGAGGUUUUAACCCAGAUUGCUUUUACGAAUUUUUAAUCGAAAAUGAACACGGUAAAGUCUUAUAUAAUGUUACAAGAGGAUUGAAUGUUCAAGUAAAAAGCGAUGGUAGUACAGAAGCUUUCACUCAUAAGUUUAAGAAUAUCAAUCUUGAUUGUCAUAGUAAUGGUAUUCUUCUUGGUGGUAGUAAUAUGCGUGAUAGUGUAAGCUAUUGCAGCAAUAAAAAGUUUGUUGUUAAAACUGAUAAUCAACAUGCUGCUAAAAAGAUUUGUAAAUAAUGUGGGCUAUUACAGCAAUAAUAAGUUUGCUUUAACAUAUCAAUUUCUUUACAAGAUGUAAAUCAAUAUUUUUAUUAAGUCAUUUAUAUAAUUAGGUGGUAGUGUUUUUUUUGAACAUUUCUUAACUAAAAAUUUCUUCUAAAAAAGACUCUCAUCAUUUCAAUCGUCUCAAUAGUUUAAUAUUCUUAUUAAUGUACUGACGCAAUUGCAAUAUGAAUUAAUAAAGCUAGUUCAAUUAUAUAACAAUUACAGUAUUAAUCCAUAAAUUUUA